CUCUGUAUGUGUGUCUGUCUGUCUUUCUCUGUAGAUUUGUUAUGCCUCUCUCUAUAUGUGGGCUUGUCUGUGUGUGUGUGUGUGUGUGUGUGUGUCCGUGUGUGUCCCCGUGUAGAAUGGAGUUUGUUUCCGGAUGGCAAGAAGAGAGACAUCGGUUCUUAGUGGAAAUUUAGCAAACUGAAUGAAAGCUGCUUUUGUGGAAAGGGCCACUUGUUAUAAAGUGAAGCAAGUCCUUGUCUCUCAUUGUAGACUCCAGCCUCGAGUCUCUUUAAUGGCCAGUCUGGUUUGUCUUGUUUGCAGUGAGAGAGAGAGAGAGAGAGGUUAAAAAAAAAGUAGAAGUUUACUGUUGCUUCCCAGUGGUGGUUGGGGGAAGGGUUUGCAGGAUCUAGUUCUGGUGCAGUUUAAAUGCCACACUUUAACCUGGAAUGUGAAGAUCGACACCCAGAUUCAUUUAGCCUUCAAGUUAUGGAGAGAUGUCGAUGUGUUUUGGAAGUUGGGGAGAGAAAGAGUUUAAGGCAUUCACAGGAUAUCCAUUUACUGAGCUGUAGCUGGGCUUUCACAGGGACAUGUUUAAUGCACUGUUGGUCACGCCCCUACGUCUGGUGUUCAGGUUUUGCCAGAUCCCCAACCGUUUGUAAGCAUUUUUUUCCACAGCUGUUUAAAGAGACCAUUCACCCGCAGGUUGCAAAAGAGGCUUUGGUCUUCCCGAUGUUACAGUACUUUUUCUAUCUGUAAAUAAGGGAGUGCAUCGAUGCAGCAUUAAAGAGAGGCUCCCUGCCCUCAGGUGAAGUCUUGCAACACCCCGGGCUACCUACCCCACUUCAUCUCCAGUGCUCCUUCUGCAGGUUUCUGUGAAGCUGUGAUGGUUGUUAAGAAAAUGAUUCAUGAAAACAAGUCUGGAAAGGUGCACAUCUACCUUUGCAAGGUGGCAGAGUCGGAAAGACAGGGAAAGGCCAAAGCAGAAACUCAAGAAAGCCACAGAAUCGUUGAACACAGUUGUUAGCACAGUUACUGUAACAACAGAAAAGACUUGCACAACUGCUAGCAGCAGCAGCAGUCGCAACUACAUGUCAGGGACCUUGAGAGGUUUGGAUGAAACCACAGCUCCCUUUACCAAUAAACAUUUCCAGGGAGCAUCUGCACCACACGUGAGCGGGAAGGAGACGGCAGAGGUCGCCAGGUCGGAGGUCAAAGGGAAGAAGGCUCCCAGUCAUGGCUCCGGCCAAAGGGGACGAAAGCCAGGUGGUGGGAAGAGCACGACCAGUGUUGCCACUGUAUCAUCACCGAGUCCAUUUCAGCAAGGCAGUCUCCUGAGCACCUCCAGCAGCUCACUGCAGCCUUCCCAGGAGGUUGGAAUAUUUAGCAAGCCUGAACUACGAGGGGACACUUACUCAGCAGGUCGCAACUCCUCGCAGAGCCCUGCCUCCUACGACACAACGAAAGGGGACGUUUUUGGCGCAGAAGGGACCCUGUCGGGCUUUAACUCUUUGAUCCGCUUCACCUCCCCUCCUCCGGUCCAGAAGAAAGCCCCUGAGAGCUCGCCCGGGGACUUUAGGACUUCCAGUGGGAUGGGCGGCCCUUCAAGCGGAGGAGCUGGCUACAAGCGACCUCAGCCGGUCGCCGGGAUGGAAGAGGAAGAGACAGUGAAGGAGAAGAAGCACAAGGCUAGCAAGAAGAGCAAGCAUGGUCGGGGGAGGCCCAAAGGGAGCAAAAACGAGAGCAACCCAAGUCUGGCAAUCCCCAUCUCCCUCAUUACAUCAUCAGCAACUGACCCAAGUGGAUGCAUCACCAGCCCCGCACUCCCAAAGUUAACAGCAUCAACAAGCCACAGUGGAGCUAUCCCAAGUCUAUCAAUAGAACCUUCACUUCUGGGUUCAGCGAGUUCCCAAUCUCGACCAGGCUGUCCCGGGUGGCGAGGGAGCCACAGAGUGGAAGCGAGGGACUUUCUCACAGGGAAGGAGAGACGCUUUGAGGGUGUCUAUGCGAAUAAGGAAAUUCCCUUAUCGCUGAGUGGUGGAAUGUUAGGAACCGGAUGCAGCACGCCACUCUCAUCCAACAUCCUCCCCCAUCACCGUACCACCCACUUGAUGCACCUCAGCCGACCGUCGUUGCCUGGGAGCAUGACUGCUACCGCCUCCAUCAGCUCCUCACAGGUGUUUUCCUUACCUGGUUCAUCGUAUAAUCUCACUCCUUCCAAUGUCUUUGGAGGUCCGAUUACCCCUGGUUCAUCCAUUACUUCACUGUUGAACCCAGUGGAAAGCAGUCAAACCGAACCAGAUCUGGAUGACAACGAUUGCAGUUUUGUCUGCAGAGGAAGUUCUUCCAGGGGAAGUCUAUCUCCAACCUCACCCAUUGGUGGCUUGUCCAUCCUCUACGAUCAGGCCAUACCCAGUCAGCUGGAGAAUGUACCACAAACAACGUCCAACAUAGAGGAGCUCCUGGACAAGCACUGGAGUGGAGAGGGAGGCAUUGACAUUGUGGACAUGUUAAAAUCGUUGCACCUGCUUCAGUUAGAUAAUCGGCGUUUACAGGAACAGAUCAUGAAUCUCUCUGCAAAGAAAGAGCGUCUUCAGCUGCUGAAUGUCCAGCUUUCCGUCCCUUUCGCUAGUGUAACAUCCAGCAAUGGCCCCUCCUCCCAGGCACAUUUAAUCACCUCCCAGAACGCUUGCAGCUCUGAGCUACUGAACAGCAGUAAGAGUCCUCCUUCAAAGAGCAGCUUCAUGACUGAGAACUCGCUCUCCGCAUCAUCAGAGGAUCUCCAUUCUGGUUGCCACAGUAGAAGCAGUUCAUCUUCGUCCCUACAGAGUACUCCCCCUCCUGCACUGCCUCCACUGCAGCAAAGUCCGGUCUCACUCCAGAUCCCAGGGAUGACUGGAAUGCAGCAGCAGGUCAAUGGCCUGACCAGGACCUGCAUGGGAAGUCUGGCCGCUGGCGUUUCCAUGGCAACAACCGCAUUCUCUGCCCUGCCGACGAUGGGCGGGAUGAUGGGAUGCCCUCCAGGGAACCAAUUGGCCAGCAACGGUAUUGUCGGUCCUUUGAAUGGUGUCAACCAAUCGUCUGCAUCUGUGGCAUCGAUCCAUAACUCCCUCCCACAUUCGUCUGCAUCCCUUAAUGUUCCACCGUCAACCAGCCUCUGUAACAGUGGCAUCUCCAGAAUGGGCCAAAUACCUGACCAGCAAAGACAGUUCCUGUACCAACAACAGCAGCAACAGCAGCUACAGCAGCUACUGACCUCCCAGCAGCUCACUCCGGACCAGCAAGCAUUGGUUUAUCAGAUGAUGCAACAGCAGCAGCAGCACAGACAGCGGGAACUCCAGCGGCUACAGAUGUCUGGAACAUCUCAACUCCCCGUCAACAACCUUGCACAAGGAUCUCCAUCCCUGCCUGUUCACUCGGGCCCAAACAACUCUUUCCUUUCUGUUCACACCGACAGCAGUGUACAGAAAGCUCAGAGGUUGAAUGAUAAAGUCAAUCAGGAGAAGAGCUGACGUCCUGCACCGCAUCGUGUCUGCGUAUUGGGCGCAACAGUGUUGGACCUUGCUCCUUCACAACGUCUUUCCUUGAAGUCAAAGGUCAUGGGUCAAGAGUCGAACAGCCUUGGAUAUCUGCUGCUGACUGACGGUCUCUUGCGCGUGAAGACAAAACAAGCUGGAAGCACAGGGGAACUCGUUGCAUCUUCUCAGGAAAAGACAAAUAAUGCUUCUUCACGGGGUGAGGUGAGGAGUACUGAAGCUUUUUGGCGUCUUUAAUCAAUCAGCGGCAAGGGGCUGUCCCUGAUCUGUAGCGAGUCAUUGGAACCCGAGCAGCAGAAAUUCAACGUCGCUGUUGUGGUGGAAAUUAGGAAAAUGGAUCAUUGCUGCUGUACAGAGACUCAAAGAACUACCUUUACACACAAAGUCAGAGGAUGGAAGCAACUUUUAAGAUACCAUCCACCAGUCCGAGUUUGGUUAGCAAUAUCUGUGGUAUCUGAGUGACUAACCUUUCCUUCGCAUUGUCUUUUGUGUCAACUAUUGUAACUUAAGUUUUCUUUUUUGUGUGUGUGGAUAUUUGUGUUCUCUCUCAAUUUGUGACACAAGCCCCUGUCAAUGGAGUGGGAUCUGUAGGAUUAUUAUCUUCAAACAGGCAAAACUGUGAGGCGGAGGAUGGUUUGGGUUUGUUGAAGAGAGAAGGUUGUUGCUGUAAGCACCCUGAACUUGGAUUGAGAAAUGCUCCCCCCCACCAACCUUCCAGAUGAACUACAACCCAAACUGACCCAGCAAAAACAUCUGGAAUUGGGAGUGCUUGAGCCACUUUGCCAGGGUGUAUCAGAUGUAGACUUGUGUUUAUACUGUCCUGUACCAUGAACUCCAGAUACUUGCCUGGGAUAUUACGGGGAUGUUGGCAAGCAAUAUUUUCCCACAGGGAGGGUAUUUUAAUUUUAUUCAUUCGACAUUUACUUGUCCCUUGAGAAGGUGUCAGUAAGCUGCCUUCUUGCGUCUGUGUGAUGAAAGUGCUCCCCCAGUACAGUUGGGUAUCGCAUUCCAGAGUUUUGACCCAGUGACGUUCUAUUCCCCUACCUCUGGGUAGCUCAUAAUACAAACCACCUUUAACAGAUGCUCAGUAACUGCUAACCUAUUCCUUUUAAAUAGGAGAAUAAAGCAGCUAUGGGAGGUGAGAAUGGCAUUCAUGGAAUAAAACGAUGGAGAUUUAAAAAACAGGUUUCCUCAGAUGGAAAGUGCUGGAAUAAAACUAGAAAAUGCUGGAAAUGCACUGCAGGAUCAGAAAGAGAAAGUUUUUUUUUUAUAAUUGAGGGUCUCAGCCGAAACAUGAAGCUAGCUUUCUCUUUUAGACACUGAGCAGUCUGUAGAAUUUUUUAUCACUUUGUAAGAUGAGUCUGGAUCAGGUGAUUGGCUUCCCGGUGUGCCUUGUUCUUCAGUUCGAAGGUAAAAAAGAGUAGGUCAAGACUUGGGUGGUAAUUGUUCACAUUCCAGAUUUGUUCUGUGGAUCUCCACUCACCUCAGUGUGGACAUUCUUGCCGACCUCCAUGAAGCCACAUUUUUUCCACUUGCCCUUUCUUCAACAGACUUAGAACUAUAAACUGGGCCCCAUACACCCCGCCACAACUCCCCCAUCACUGAAAGUGUUAAUUCAGUCUGACAUUUCACUGCAUUUAUUUUUGAUUGACCACUGCAUCCCCGCAGAACCAUGCUGCAUUUUUGAUUGUUUAGCACACUGGUGGGUCAGGUCCGUCAUUUCACCAAAUAGGAAAUUAUACCGUCUGUGCAGAAGCUCUCAGUAUUUAGGGGAAACUGAUUCACAGGCUACCUGAGGGGGCCUGGAGUUUGGGGCUUCCACAGAGACCUGAGCCUGUGAGCACCUCCAGGGAAUCAGGAGGCUGGGAGUUCCUAGGGGAUCAAGAAUUUGGGGGCUCCCACGAAUGAGGAGGGGUCUGGACUGCUCGAGGCUGUGUUGGCAAAACUCAGCAUUUUGAAGUGGCGGAGUUAAAUUUUUGUCAGUUGACCUUUCGAUCUGAACUGAGCUACAGCUGGUAUAUGAUGUUCUACCGUCUCCGUUAAUAACUCAAUGAGCCUGCUGUACCAUAGCUGUUAUCACAUUGUAUUACUAAUUGGGUGAGCCUCACCAGCUCCAGUCCCGCUACCCGUCCCAUAGCCAGCAACAAGCUCGGGAGGAAGAUUGGUCAGUCGGCCAGGAAAUCCUGCUUUAUUUUACUUAUUAAAACAUUGUUGCGGAUCAUUCCAGCUGUGAAAGGUGAUGGAUACCCAGCAAGCAAUCCAUUUCAGAUGGGCUGUCGGCAGAUGGUGCACCCUUUGCUGGUGGCUGAAGAGGUCAAUACUUGAGAGGCAGAUUCUGCCCACAAGUGCCGUACAUGAAGUUACCAAGUGUCGUGAGUUGUUGGGUUUUCAGCGUUGGUGUCUGUUGUCGGGUCGCUGUAGCCUCUGGUCAUCGUGGUAGCACACACCAGCUCACCGGAGACAUCGCUGUUUUCCUCUGUCAUCAGCUAGAGACUCCCAGGUGUUUUAAUCAAUGUUUCGGGCCUUCAUGUCGCUUCACGCGAGCAUCCUCGAUGCGGAGCUUUGGGCGUCCCACUGAUUGUCUGGCUCUGGCUGCCUCGCCCCACUUGAAGGCCCUUGACUACGAGACCGCCUUCCAUCCUGUGGACGGGCCUGAGUCAAGGAAGCCGACUCCGCCUGACGAGGGCGAGCAAAUUGGGAGCGCUCCGCCUUUAAGAGGACUGCCACCGUUGUGAUUUGUGUGACUUUUUGAAAAAGAAAGUCUUCCAAGUGUUGCUGUCAAAGCCUCGAGCCGACCUCUCGAGUUUGUUCUCUCUGGCUGGCGUCAGCCGUCCAAGACCCAGGAUGUGCCAUGGGCCUUGCUCGUAGCUGCAGCUCGCUAAGGAAGAUUGUUGUAGGAGGAAAAAAUAAACUUGUAUUUCUACAGUCGGCAACUAGUGAUGAGUUUCCGUCCAACCAAAUCAGUGAAAGAUUCCAGACUUUGGAUGAUCUCAAAAAAUCAGUGAAAUCAGUGAAAGAUUCCAGACUUUGGAUAAUCUCAACUGAUGUAUUGUUGGGUAGUAUGGGUUGCUGAUUUGUGUUAUGUCUUACAGAAAAAUACCUUGCACUUUAUAUGGAAAUCUGAAUGCUAUGCAUCAUUGAUUGAGGAUAAUUUCUUCUUGAGCUUUUCCCUUCAAGCCCCCAUUUGAAGGGAAGACUCCCAAUAGGUUCUAAUCUUGUGCUGUUACAGUUGGAGAGCAGGAAUAAACUCUGCCCUGCGAGUGCUUUGAAUUGUAAGAACAAUAGGUGGCAUUACAUUUCCGAUUCCCUUACCGUCAGCUGUGAUCAUUACCAAAGGGCCCAGCCAGGGUUGCCAACCCUUCAGGAUUUCCCUAGAGUCUCCAGGAAUUGAAGAUGAAUCACUUGCUGUGAACAUACCCAGGAGAAAAAUCAGCAGGCUGAGCUUUUCCAAAUUAAUUUUAUUUGUACACUUCCAUAUACUAGUUAUAAAAGCAAAAUUGGACAUGGGAAGAAAGGACUGUUUGACUGACAGUCAAAAGUCACCCAAGCGGAUAGCAAAGAGGCUAUUAGCUUUCUGAUUGUGGGGGGAUGUGCUGUUACAAUGGUGUUAAGUAGCCAGUGGCAGGAGCGUGGGGAAGGAGGCGGUUUGGAGGCUGGAGGUCAUGUGAUGAAAUCUCCAGAAAAAUGUCCAAUCAGAAUUGGCAAUUCCAGUGAGAUGUUUCCCAAAUUCUGCUGGACAUGCAAGAAGAAUCUUUUCGAGCGUGGCAAGUUCUGCCAAAGGGAUUACAUGUACUUUUCAUGUAAAAAAAAACUAAAAAUUAGCAGCAGCUUUAUCUGUAAACCAUUGUAAAUACAAUCUGCAGGAUCUGUAUAAAAGAGUAGGUGCUAUUGAGGGAUGCUGCAAUAAUGAAGAGGCAGUUGCAUGGCUAAUCCUGCAAAUGAGGAAGAUGGUGAAUUAGAUCUUCACAGUUAUAUAUUGGUAGAAAAUUCCCCCUUUAAAAAUCACCAUCUAACCACUCUUGCUGGAGGAGGCAUGUGUGUGUAGGAGAUGGACCUCAGCAUCUUCGAGUAGAGAGCAAGGACACUUGUUUGCUAUGGCUGUUUCCACCAUCUUCCCAUUGACAGCUUUGGUUUUUGAAUCAAGUACACUGGAUCAAUACAUUGUUGAAUGUGAGUGCUGUCUUUUUCUUUAGCUAUUUGAACCUCUGUGGGUGUUCAGAGAGUGGUGCAUUUUCAAAGAUAAUUCAGAAAGCUGCAGCUGGAUCCACAAUGGGCUUUGCCAUCAAAUCAAAACUUUAAGUGACUUUAAUUCUGUCUGAGAAAACUUGAUUAAUUGGUGACUUCACCCCUUUGAAGUAAAACAUUGUAAGUCAGUCAGAUAUAAUUACAGCCUUUUGUAUACAGAAGUAAUAUGACCCAUUCUCCACUUCACACUGAUAAAAUGAUGGUUGUGCAAUUUUGGACAGGGGUUUUUUGAUAUUUAUACUGAGAAGAACGUAACUUGGGUGAUGUCAGAGGGAAGUUUUCUCCUGCACACUAGGUUCAUCCAAAUUGUAAAGAUGCUCUUUACAAAAAGAGGCUUAUGAUUUGAUUAUGUGGUCCUAGGAUGGCUGAUUCUCUAGGAGUCUCCAGGAAUUGAAGUUAAUCUGUAGGACACUGUUGCAAGCAAAACUUUUUGGGUUUUCUUUAAACUUUUUGGUUUAUUGUUUAUAAAAGUAUUAGAGAUUGAGUGGGGUGAAGCUCUUAUGAUUGAAAGUUAGGAAUCAUCACAAGCAAUCUAUUCGUUUCUUCAAUUAGUUGGAGAGGGCAGUCCAUUGUGAGGAUGGACAUGUCAGCAAACCAAUGGCAGGAAAAUAGGGGCGGGCCAAUUGGUGUUAGGCCAUUUGAUGAAAUCACCAGGAAUAUGUCCAAUCAGAGUUGGCAACCCUACAUGUACCAUGCAAAGAGGAAACCUCCCAUGGUCAGGAGCUGGGAAAAUGAAGAGGUACGUUCGUAAUCAGUGUACAUAUCAGAAACACACCACCAGAUCUUUCAAUGCCAUGUGUCAAUUUGGUUCAGGAGAUGGGUGGAGGGGAGUGCGUUUCUGAUUGUAAUUCUCCAUUGCUUUUAGAAGUAGGUAAUCUAAUAAAGGUGUUGGAGUGGGGACCGACUUGGAUGAGCGAGUUUUGGUCUCCAUUGUAAUUGGUUAUUGUUUUCCUAUGCACUUUUCAAACAUGGGAGCGCUGGGCGUCUUGUGAUUGGCAGUCAUGUGACGCGCUGUAGUCUGGUUUAGCUGUUUUUGGUAGAGUUUGUGGCAAAGUCAUAUAAACUGGUAUUAAACCGUAGCUGCAGACACUUUGACACAUGAUGUAGCAUCAGGAUACUGUGCAAGUAAUGUAAAUAAUUGAAGAAAAAGCGUCAUUGUAAAAACUUUUCCUUUUUAGAUUACAGCACAUUUAUAAAAUGUACCAUGCUUUUUUAAAAAAGAAACUUUUUUAACAUUCAA